AUGGGAGCAAUGAGGGUUUGGAGUGUGCUUGUGGUGAUGGCGGUGGCCAUGGCGACGUUUGGGGAGUGUGGGUCAUCACACCACGCGGCUCCGGCGCCGGCGGUGGACUGCUCGACCCUGAUCUUGAACAUGGCGGACUGCUUGUCCUUUGUGUCCAAUGGGAGCACCGAUACAAAGCCCGCAGGGACUUGCUGCAGCGGCCUCAAGACCGUCCUCAAAGCUGACGCUGCCUGCCUCUGCGAGGCCUUCAAGAGCAGCGCUCAACUCGGCGUCGUUUUGAACAUCACCAAGGCCGCCUCCCUCCCCGCUGCCUGCAAAGUCUCCGCUCCUUCUGCCACCAACUGUGGAUUAUCUAUCACUCCUGCAGCUGCUCCUGGUCUCUCGCCGGGAUCUUCUCCAACAUCAUCUGUUGCUGCUACACCUGAGUCGUCUGCUGGAGGGAACGAGCUAGCACCUGCUUCUCCGCCAGGGGCCUCGGGUUCUCUUAUGCUUGCCAGUUCAGUUGGAUCCCUGCUUGUUGGUCUUGUAGUUGCAUCAUUCCCUUGUUUCUGA